UCGAUAUACUCACCAUUUGCUAGCCAGCUUUUUCUAGUCAAAUGGCUGCCAUGACUGCCAUUCAAUAUGUCAUUGCCCUCUUUGUCCUCUGGUUUAUCACCGUCUUUCUUCAAUACAUUUUCAAGAGACCCGGCAAGAAACCUGCCGGUUAUUGCCCCCCUCCAAGCCCACCAACACUUCCUUUGAUCGGUCACCUCCAUUUACUAACCCCAGUAGCAUACAAAGGCUUCCAUGCUCUCAACAACAAAUAUGGCCCUCUCCUCUAUCUCCGUUUGGCCACGUAUCCUGCUGUUCUUGUCUCAUCAGCUCCAGUGGCCACUGAGAUCUUCAAGGCACAAGAUGUCCAUUUUGCCUCUAGAAUAAAAUCCCCCUUUGAGGAUAAUUUACUAUUUGGAAGCUCAACAAGCUUUUUCAAUGCCCCAUAUGGGGAUUACUGGAAAUUCAUGAAGAAGAUUUGCAUGACAGAAUUGUUGGGGAGCAGCCAGAUGAAGAAGUUAAAGAAUGUUAGGCAUGAAGAAGUUGUGAGAUUUUUGUCUAAAAUGUUGGAGAUAGGUCAAAAAAAUGAUGUUGCAGAUUUGAGUGCUGAGGUAUUAACACUAGCAAACAAUGCUACUUGCAGGAUGAUCAUGAGUGCUAGGUGUUCGGGGGAAGAUAAUCAGGCUGAUCAGUGUAGAGGGCUGGUGAGUGAAUCCUUUGAUCUGGCUGCAAAGCUUGCUGUAUGUAACUUGUUUGGUCCCUUGAAAAGGAUAGGUACUUGGUACUUAAGAAAGAAAAUUGCUGCUGUGCCCAAAAGGUAUGAUGAAUUGUUUGAGAACAUCUUGGUAGAGCAUGAGGAAAAAGCAAAGAGAGGAGGUCCACACAUGGAGAAUAAAGACUUGAUGGAUAUUCUCUUGGAAGUUUAUCAUGAUAAAAAUGCUGAAAUGAGGAUAACCAGGAAGCAAAUGAAGACUUUCUUUCUGGAUCUUUUCACUGGAGGUACGAGUACUACAGCAGAUGCCGUACUAUGGAUCUUAGGGGAGCUUGUCAACCAUCCUGCAUCAUUCAAGAAGCUGAGAGAGGAGAUAGAUUCAGUUGUCGGGACAGAGAGACUUGCAGAUGAAGCAGAUAUCCCAAAUAUGCCUUAUUUUCAAGCAUGUGUGAAGGAGGCAAUGAGACUACAUCCACCAGUGCCUUUAUUUGAUAGAGUAUGCCGUGAAGAUUGCAAACUUGCAGGACAUGACAUCCCCAAAGGAAUUACAAUGAUAAUGAAUGCAUACUCUAUCAUGAGGGAUCCAAAGAUAUGGGAUAACCCCAACGACUUCAUUCCAGAGAGGUUCUUGACAGAACAUGACAGCACCAAGGGGCCGCAAAACCUACAGAUUUACGUCCCUUUUGGCGGGGGAAGGAGAAUGUGCCCUGGGACUAACAUGUCCUCAAGUUUGAUCAAUUGCAGUGUUUCAGCUAUGGUUCAAUGUUUUGAUUGGAAGGUGGUCGGAGGAGAUGGCCCAGAUGGAUCAAAAGUUAACAUGGACACUAAAGCAGGUGUGACUAUGAGCCUGGAUAAACCAUUCAUGUCCACUCCUGUUCUCCACCGCAAUUUAUUUUCUGCCUGAAUCCCUAAAGAAGAAUCUCUCCAUUUAUGCAUUUGUUCUUCCUAUCUAUAUACGUUGGCUUAUCUAAUUCUAGCGAUCUACUCUCAAAACAAAUCACACUUCUCGGUGGCAGGCAAUGCAUGCUUCUGAUGUGUUUUUUCCCCCCUUGUUUUCAUAAGUAGUUAGGACAGGAACCAAAACCUGUUCUCUAUCCCUUGCAUUAUGAGAUGUGGUCGUUUUUAGUACAUUUAACGUGUCCAUACAUUUGUUAAAUAAUGUGCUCCACACACGUGUACAGUGUACACUUCAAUUAUAAAGAGAAAAUAAUAGUAUUGGCACGUUGCUCCA